AUGGCAAAGGCGACUAGCAGGGUGGCAGGAGGAGGUGGAGGCGCUGCGGGCACCCCACCUACCACAGUCUCUGCCGCCACCACCGACGCCGCAGCAACAGCCGACGUCGCAGUCACCGCCACCACCGACGCCGCAGCCGCCGAAGCCGGAGCCACAACACCAAGGGUUGCAGCAGGCAUAGUCGCCGGUGCCGCAGCCACAGCCGCCGUUUGCGCCGACGUCGCCGCCGACACAGCCACCACCACCGCCACCCUAACCGACACCGCCGACGCAGCCACCACCAGCGCCACGCUCAUCGACAUCGCAGCCAGCACCACCAACGCCGCCGCCACCGCGCGCACCGACCCCGCCACCCCAGGAUGA